AUGUUAACAAAACUGAGAGACGAUAUUGAUGUUCCCUUAGCCAUCAUCCUCAGCCGCAGCCACUUCAACGGCCCGCGCUGCUACAUCAAAGAAUUCUACGUCCCCGCCCUCGAUCUCUCCUUAAACCCGAAUAUUUCAGAUAAUUAUAAUAAUAAUAACAAAAACACAAUAAUAAUUAACCCUUGUCUCUUCUUUGACCUCGCCUUCCACAACAUCCUCGAGAGCGAUUUACUCUACGGAGAUGUUAACCUCACCUUUUCGUACGGUCAAAGCGCCGUCGCAAACUACAUCGUUCCCAGCUUCUACCAAACGGCGGGGAAGACGUAUUACCGGCGGGAGGUGGUGGAGAGCCGAGGGGUGCCGUGGGAGACCGCCCUACAGGCGGUCUUGAAUAGGUCGACAGUGGUUUUUAGGGUGGACUUGGUGGCGUGGCCGAGCUAUUAUAACGGUGAGUUUCGUGGGGAUUCGGAAAAGAAAAAUUUGACCAUAGGAGCUUACGUGCAGAUUGAUGGAUCUGGUAUGAAGGUGGAGAAAGAGGAUAUUCGGCUCGACUCUGCGGCUUCUCAACGGGGGCUUGGGAUUAUGUUUCUGUUUCCGAGUCUUUUGGUUUCGUCGUUGCACUGUUUGUUCGUUUGA